AUGUCGCGUCCGGGGGUGAAGCAGCUCGGCGCGCAUCCGCCGAACGCGCUGGUGGCGGCGGCCGCGGCGCUGCUGGCGGCGGGGCUGCUGCUGCUCGCCGUGCUGCGCGCUGAUGUCCUCCCCGCCGCGCACCCCUCGCGCUUCGAGCCGCAGCGCCCGCGCCUCAAAGUGUUCCUCGCGGCGCUGCCGGCGGCAUUCAACUUCCGCCUGCUCAAGGUGCGCGCGCGCGCCCCUUCUCCCCUUGAGGAGUCCUUCCCCCUGCCUCCUCCCCCCUUCCCGCGCCUCAUACCUGCGCCUCUCGCUAUCCCUCCGACACACCCCUGUUCCGCUGUCUCGCUACCCCUCUCUAACGUAUCCGACAUUGAUUUUCCCUGUCAAUCGCACGAUGUCGUGUAUGUGUGCCUGCAGGGGGAAUGGAUGAGGGACCACCGCGUGCAGCUGCUGACUCAGCACGGCAUGCCGCCAGCGUGGGACCUCACCCGCCCCGCGGCCGACUCAGCCUCCUCCGCCACCAACCCAUCCGACACCUUAGCUGACGUGGAGGCGCGGUAUUGGUCGAAACGGCGAUCGCACGCACUGGUGCCGUCGUUCCCAGCAGUGCCAUUCGCAGCGGAGCACAGCGCCGAGUACUGGCUCACGCUCUCCCUGCUCUCAGGCACGGCUCCCUCUGUCCACCUUGUGUCGCACGCUCGCGACGCGGACGUGGUGUUCCUGCCGGUCUUCUCCUCGCUGCUGGCCUUUAGCUUCAAUGCGACGCCCACCAACCCUGCUGCUCUGCUGCUGGCGUUGAAACCACCUGACGGGACACCUGAGGUGUCUGGAGCACCUGACGCAGCAGCAGCAGCAGGGAGGUUAGCUCCUGUGUUCAUGAAGCCGCAUCUGAGCGAGGAAUUCAGUCAUCUCCUCGAUAACCUCGCCAAAUGGCUGCAUGCUCUAACCGCCAGCGUCAGCGGCAGCACUAGCAGUGGAGGUAGGGCAAGGGCGCAGCCGCGAGUGGUGCUGCCAGUGAGCAUGCCGCGUGCUCUGCCUGCCUUCCACGCCCUCCUCCCCUCCCUCUGCACCCUCACCACCGACUUCUCCUUCUCGCCGCUGCAGGAUGUGAAUUUCAUGAAGGAUGUGAUUAUACCGUAUGCGCCAAUAGUGGAGCCUUAUCUGGACGACCCUGGUCGCUGGUCUGAUCGCACGACUUUGCUUUAUUUCCGCGGAUCUACAGAGGUCUUCAAUAAUGGCAGGGAACUGCGGCGAAGCUUGGCAAAGCUGUUUGAAGCCCCCCAGUGGAAGCAAGGAGUGGUGUUUGAGGCAGUGGAGCGGAGGGAUGAGAGCGAGGUGACCGUGGAGGACGUGCAGGCCAUGCAGCAUGCCAUGCGCCGCAGCCGCUUCUGCCUCGUGCCUGAAGGCAACACGGUGUCAUCUUCACGCCUCUUCAACGCGGUGGUGAGCGGGUGCAUCCCAGUGGUGGUGAGCGACAGCAUCCUGCUGCCGUUCGAAGACCUCAUUGACUACUCGCGCUUCGCCCUCUUCGUGCCCUCGCACCUCGCCACGCGCUCCGGCUACCUGGCGUCCGUACUGCGCGUGGACGAGAGCAAGUGGAGGGCCAUGUGGGAGGAGAUGCGGCAGGUGCAGCGGCAUUUCAUAUUCAGCAGCCCGGCAGUGGAGGGUGGUGCGGAGGACAUGGUGUGGCAGGCACUGCUGCGCAAGCAGGCCAGGGAGGCUGCUGCGAGGGAGAGAGCCGCAUGGCAGGGGGGGCACGUGGGAACCGAGGGAGGGGGAAACCAGGGCGGGGGGAACCAGGGAGGGGGGAAGGUGGCAGGGGGAGGCGGGGCAGGGAGAGACGGGGCGGGGUCGGGGGGAGGUGAGGUGGGGGUGAUGGAUGAGAGCAUGCUUCCGGAGUUCAUGGUGCGGCGCCAUAGGAUGAUGACAGGCAUGCUGGCUGCUGUGGGGCUCAACAGUAGUGCUUGGCGGGUGAGGGAGCGAGGGGACUUCACUGCUAGGCAGAUGGCGGAGGAGAGAAUAGGUGGAGGCAGGACUAGGCGUGACUAG